AUGUGGACCCAGGCCAGCGCUCCGCUGCUGCUGCUGCUCGCCUGCUGCCUCUGGCCGGCCGAGGCCCAGAGCGACGGCAGGAGGCAGAACAUCUGGGACGAUCCCAUCAAAUUCAAGACCAAGGCUAAGGACUCUUGCACCAUGACCAUCACCGGUCACGGGGAUUACACCCGGCUGAGGCUGUCGUGCCGGAGCAGCGAGGGCUCCUACUGGUGCGAGUACGUGGGGAAGCCUUACAACUGCCGCACCUACAACAAAAACCCCCGACACUACUUUAUCCAGAUGAUGUGGGGCUUCAGAAAACUCCACAAUGCCUGCCAGGCACCAAAGACGAUCAGACCUCAGAUGUGCAGGAGGGCGACUGAUGACUCUCAGAUGAUCUUUUCGUCCGCUUCGUCGUCCCAUUUAUGGCAAGACCAUUCUCCAAGGCCAAAACUGGGACCCCAGCCUGCAAGACCUGAACCUCGACCUGCACCGACCAGGCCGGAGUCAGGGAGGAAACCCUCCUCGAAAUCCACACCAGUCCAACUGAGAGAAAAGACCUCGGAGAGAACCACUCCGCUGACACCUCCUGUGGAGAGCAACGCCAAGAGGAUUGCUCGCCGGUACUGUUGGAGGUCACUUCACGGCAUCUGCUCCUUCGUCAUUGGGUUGUUUUGA